UUUUUUUACUUUGCAUUUAACUUCUAGACGCUGCUGUUCAAAGGGAUGGAUGUCUAUUCUGGAUGAACAGGGAAAGUGGAGAAAGCACUGGUUUGUACUUGCUGAUACUUCACUGAAAUACUACAGAGACUCAGAAGCUGAGGAGUCAGAUGACUUGGAAGGAGAGAUCGAUCUGACCUCUUGUGUCAAUGUGUCAGACUGUGAUGUAGAGAGGAACUACGGACUGCAAAUACAAACAAAAAGGGCGCUGUUCACUCUUUCUGCAAUAACAUCUCGGAUUCAGCAGAAUUGGGUGAAGCUAUUAAAGCAGGCAGUCAAGAACAACGCUCUCCAAUCAGACUCCAGCAGCGAGAAAGAGAACCCUCUCUCCCAGAGACCGUCGUCAAGCCAACCACCUGCUCGCUUCACCUGCAACAGCUCUGGAGGUGAACGUACCACUUCCACCUACACCGCCACAGCUGCGAACCCCAUCCGUGAGGACGGCCAAACAGCAGACGGCGCAGAUUUGUCUCCGACCAGUCAGAGAGAAGAGGGGGAGGGCUGGGAUCGUGAGCAAGCAAAGCGACUGGAGGAGAGGAACAAGUGGUUUGAGGAGGGGGCGUCUCUCGGUGAGAUGAGCAGCAGGUGGGACUCCAUGGAGCUGAAGAGGGGAAGCGUACCUGUUCCAGUUACUGAAACCAUAGACUCUGAGCUCAACAGGAAGUGGGCCGAAUUUGAGACUUUGUCAUUCAGUGACAUGAGCCCACAGUCGCUCAUGGGUGCCCAGAAUUAUCAAUCGGAAACCCAACAGCAGUUUAUAGAUGAUCCCCGAACUCCCCACCUAAAGUCUGAGGAGAUUGAACAGUCUGAAGCACGUUCACUAACCAGCAUAUCAGAGGGGGAUCCUCAAUCUGAAAACGGUGUCCAAACCCCCACAGCUGAAACUCUGCAGAAGGAGGCCGUCUCUCUCCGACACCAAGUGGAGAGCAUCAAGAGGGAGCGUGCAGCCAUGAGGAUGGAAGUGGACAGCCCCUGUGGUCCCACGGCCCCCUGCAGAGCUUGGCUGGAAGAAAUGGAGGCCUCCCAUCGGAAAGCUCUGCAGGAGCUGCAGGAGAAGCAUGCCAGGGAGGUGAAGCAGCUGGAGGAGGAGCGAGAUCAGUUGUUGCUGGUGGAGAGGCAGGCGGCUACAACAGCUAUGGAGGCGCUUAAAGCAGCUCACAGAGAGGAGCUGGAGAGGGCCAGGAGGCUGUGCGGAGAAACGACUCACAUGGAUUCUUCAUAUAAAGACCAAAUGCCUCGGGCAGAUGCCUUGCACGGCGAAUUAAACGCACUGUCAGAGCAGUACUCACAGAAAUGCCUGGAACUAAGCUGCACAGAGCAGAACAGCAAGAGACGAGAGGCUGAGCUGGACUUUAAGAAGAGAGAGCUGCAGCAGCUGCAAAGAGAGAACCAGGAGCUGAAGACCAAGCUGGCAGCAGAAAUCAGUCGAAUGCGUCAUUUCAUCACAGGCCAGAGAUCGGAUGUGGUUUCCCUUGGCAACACUGAGCACACAGUGUCAGAUUUAGAGACGCUGCUAAAAGCAAAGGAAAAUGAGGUGCAGUAUCUACGAAAAGAAAUGACCUGCCUUCAAAAUCAAGUACAAACUCUUACCAAGGAAAAGGACGCAGCUUACGAGCGUUACAAAGAAGCAUAUGUGGAGCUGACUGCCACGAGGGGCCGCGGCCAGCUGGAGAUGAACGCCCUCAAUGAACACCUGAGGCUGACCAAUGCUGCACUUCAGGAGGAAGAAAGACAAACCUUAUAACCAACAUGGAUAGCACUUCAAA